GGAGGACGGGGGACACGGUUGGUUGGUGGUAGGGAGGACGGGGGACACGGUUGGUUGGUGGUAGGGAGGACGGGGGACACGGUUGGUUGGUGGUAGGGAGGACGGGGGACACGGUUGGUUGGUGGUAGGGAGGACAGGAGACCUGCUAACCAUGGUCCUGGUUUGUGUUUGGCAUGUUAUACGCACGGUACCUGUCUGGUAUGAUGGGUGACGUCCUGUAAUGUGGAGGACUCUCUUUCUUACAGUGUGACCUCCAUGGCCCUUAUAGAAGGUAUCGGGGAUGAGGUUACCCUACUCUGUACAUUACUGGUGGUGCUCUCUGUCAUUGUUUUGGCUUGGAUUUCCACACACACUUCGGACAGAGGACCCACUCAGUGGCCAGCCCAGGGUCACAGAAGACAGAACCCCUCUGCGAGAGAUGGAGCGGAGCAGGAGCUGAGGCAGCCCGAGUCUGGUGGUAGUGAUCCAGUACCUGAAGGAACAACAACUCCCAUCACGCAGAAUGAUCUCAAUUCUUCUGCCAGUCCUGACACGGCUCCUGUGGUAGGGGACCCCUCACUGGGCGAUGAUCUCACUUGUAGUGACCACCAACUACCUUCUAGUUCUGACCCACCCUCGUCACCUGCUGUCAGGCACAGAGGACCUGCGACUCAGGGCCGAGAUACAAUAACUCUGCGAUUAAAGUUCUUGAAUGAAACGGAGCGGGUGGUGACUGUUGGGCUCCAUGACUCCGUCCUGCACAUCAAGAGGAGUCAGUUUCCAGGACAGGAGCCUCGUGUCCGCCUCAUUUAUCAGGGGCAACUCCUUCGCAACGAUUCACAGACAGUGGCAUCGCUCCAGCUCACUGACGGCUGCGUGCUUCAUUGUCACCUGUCCCAGCAUGCCACAGCCUCUGGAUCUGGUGGGGCCGAACCGUCUCUAGACCCUGUAAACAUUGGCAGCCUUAUGGUACCUUUCUUUGUGCUGCUUCUGGGCAUCCUAUGGUACUGCCAGUUUCAGUACCCGCAUGUGUUUAAUGCCACGGCCACUUCGUUCCUGGCAGCCAUGACUCUGUUUGUGUUAGUUCUUGUCUUGUUCUCCUAUCGCAGAUAGUCUCACCGCAUGAUGCUCAGGAUCUUCAUAAUCACAGGUGGGCCAGCAGAUGCUGAGUCUUCACUGGUGACCUGUAUGAUGUUUUCCAUUGACCCCAACCCCUGGUGUGACAUAGAGAGGCAAUGCUGGCUGUUGGCCUCAUGUUGGGGGUGGAAGAACAGAACUCCUGGACUUCCUGAAAUCGGUGUCAUCGUGUAAAGACCAGGUCCAACGGACACCGCUGCAGUGCUCGUCACGUGAAGAACAAGCCGUCCAUCCCACACUUCCUCUCCGGUCUUCGUCACCUGUAGAUGUUGGCAGUUUGCAUUUGUGAAAACUGGAUGUGCAGCAAUGUUGGCUGCGCUCAUACUGCUGCAAGUAGGGGUUAAGAAGCGGACAGCGAGCGCUGCUUCCACAAUACUGGGGGGCAUGUGUGUCCGAAUUCUUGCUAAUAAUAUGCAGACAUAAAAAAGCU